AUGAGCGGUCCCGGCGUCGGUUUCGAGUAUCCUCCCCUGUCUGUCUCAUGGCUCAAGCGGGACGCACUCCUCUUUGCCAACAGCAUUGGGUGCACCGCUGAUGAGCUCCACUUCCUCUAUGAGUUGCAUCCUGACUUUGCCGUCUUCCCAACCUACCCCGUCAUUUUGCCAUUCAAGGGCUCUACCCAGGAGGUCAUUGACUUCUACGCCGCCCAGAAGGCCGUCAAGAUCCCCAGCGUACCCGACUUUGACCACACGCGGGUCGUUGACGGUCAGCGCCUGGUGCAGUUCCUCAAGCCACUCCCGCCUUCCUCAGAAGGCAAGAAGUUUGAGAUCCGCCAAAAGGUGCUCGGCGUCUACGACAAGGGCCGCCCCGGAUCGGUCCUCGAGACCCAGACCGACCUUGUUGAUGCCGAGACUGGCGAGGCUUACUCGCGGGCCAUCGGCAGUGCCUUCUUCGUGGGCCAAGGUAACUGGGGCGGGCCCAAGGGACCUGCCACGGUCAACUUCCCGCCACCAAAGGGCAAGCAGCCCGACCUGACCUUUGAGGCCCAGACCACCAAGGAGACGGCUCUGCUGUACCGCCUCAAUGGCGACUAUAACCCCCUCCAUGCCACCCCGGAGCCUGGCAAGAAGAUGGGCUUCGGCGGUGAGAUCCUGCACGGCCUGUUCUCGUUCAACUCGACCUGCCACGGGCUGCUCAAGAACCUCGCGGGCAGCGACCCCAAGAACCUGAAGGAGUUCCAGGCAAGGUUCGCCAGCCCGGUCCUGCCUGGAGAUAAGCUGGUGACCUCGGUCUGGAAGACUGGAGAUGUCAAGGAUGGCUGGGAGGAGAUCCGAUUCGAGACCAAGGUCGAGGGCAAGAAGGUUUGCCUGAGCAACGGGCGUGCUCUGGUCAAAGCCGGAGGGUCUACCAAGAGCAAACUCGCUGAGUUCCGAGUCGGCCAGCGCCGUUCCUACGAUGGCGCGCUCUGCACCAUUCGGUACAUCGGCGAAGUAGCCGGCACAACUGGAGACUGGCUCGGCGUUGAAUGGGACGACCCGUCCAGGGGCAAGCAUGACGGCUCACACAAGGAUGUCAGAUACUUCACAUGUCUCUCCAAAUCCCCCAAGGCCGCCUCUUUCGUUCGCCCCACUAGGGUGGCAGACCAGCCGCGGACCUUCCUGCAGGCCCUUCACGAGAAGUACGCCCCGGAUGCCCUGACGGACCAGGCCCAGGCGUCGUCUGGCCAACAGAUUGUCAUCUCAGGCAAGGUCGCCGAAGAGAUCGGCUUCGACAAGAUUCGCAAGCAGCAGGCGCAGCUGAGUGAGCUGAAGAUUGUCAUCCUCGAUGGCCUUCGCGUCGCCUCGGCGUCGGUGCCUGGUGAACAGCCCAUCUCCGAGGUCUGCCCCAAAGUCGUCGAGCUGGACAUCAGCCGCAGCUUGAUUGUUGAUUUUCAGGAGGUCGUUGAUGCGUGCUCGCAACUUAAGGCGGUGCGUCGCCUGGGACUCAAUGGGAAUAGAUAUCAGGAUGCAUCAAUCGCAGAUCUAGAUGCGGAAUCGGUGGUGGAAGCCUUCACAGGUGUCAAAGAGCUUGCGCUCGAUGAGACUCUGCUACGCUGGGACAGCAUCUGUCACAUAGCUCAAUGCUUCCAGUCUCUGGUGACUUUGCACGCCAGUACCAACCAACUCCCUCGGCUUUCACCUUCAUUUGGUACCUCCACGAUCUUGAAUACACUGAAAACCCUCUAUCUGGAGUUCAACGAUUUCACAGCAAUCAGCGACCUGGCCUGUCUUGCCCAACUGACAUCGCUAAAGAACCUGCAUCUCAAGGGCAACAAUAUCUCCACUGUCACCACCGACGAAUCCCACAACACACCAGUCUUCAGCGCCACCCUGACCCACCUUGAUAUUUCAUACAACAACAUCAACAACUGGUCCUUCGUGGACGCCCUCCCCGAUUCCUUCCCAGGCCUGAACUCCCUGCGCCUAGCCCACAACCCAGUCUACGAAGACCCAGGCUUCGACAAGUCCGGCGACGCGACCUCUUCGUCGGCCGCCGGCGCAUCAGGCUCCAAGGCCACAGUCACCGAGGAGGCAUACAUGAUCACCGUCGCGCGGUUGGGCUGCCUGCAGACCCUGAACUUCAGUACCAUCACGCCAACGGACCGCACCAAUGCCGAGAUGUUCUACUUGUCUCGGAUAGGCCGCCAGCUCUCGUCUGUGCCCGAGAGCGCCGAGGCGGAGGCAAAAGUCAUCGCGCAGCACAGGAGGUAUGCGGAGCUGUGCGAGCUGUACGACGAGCCGGUUGUGGUGCGGAGGAAGGAGGUCAACCCUGCGUUCCUAGAGGCGAGGCUUGUCAAUGUUGCGUUUCGGUUUGUUCCGUCGCAGCGGGCAGAUGGAGACGACAGCGGUGUGAAGACGGUGGAGAAGCACGUGCAGAUUCCCAAGACAUCCGAUAUCUACGCGGUAAAGGGCAUUGCGGGCAGGCUAUUUGGGCACGAACCCCUUAAACUCCGACUGAUCUGGGAGACGGGUGAGUGGGACCCUGUGGCGGGCUUCGACGACGCUGGCGAUAGCAGCGACGAAGAAGAGGACACAGCCAGAGAGCAGGAGGCAGUGGCGGAAGCACCAUCUACCCAAGAGGAAGCGGUAAUUCGGCUGGAAAGUAAGACUGGCCGGUGGAUCAAACGAGAAGAGGAACUAAAGGAUUCCCCAAGACAAUUCGGAUUUUGCGUCGACGGGCUUGACGUCACAAUCAGGUCAGGCUGCUACAUCAAGAAGAAAAGACAAUAG